AUGAGCAGGCAGUCGUCUCACAAACAACGGCACUCCCGCCAGCCCUCAAACCGCAUACCAGCUGUUUCCGACUACGAAUCCGACGCGGCUGCCCUUCACGCAGCCUAUGCACCGCCGCCUCCCCGUACAAACACCGAACUGAACCUAUCCGUCCUCCAACGCUACCUCCCCUCCAUCCAAGCCAUCCUUGCCAUAGCAGCCAACGCCGUCAUCUACACCUUCGACAGCGAAACAGCGAGUUGGGACAAGUCCGGCAUCGAAGGCACCAUGUUUGUCUGCGCCCAGUCUGCCCUGCCCGAGAGCCAUCGACCGCGGGCCUGUGUCUUUGUCCUCAACCGAAGGUCGCUGGACAACUUGGUGGUUGACCUUGCCAGAGUGAGCGACGUGGAGAUCGCUGGCGAGCUGGUGAUAUUGAGAGUGGAGGGCAGUUGGGACGAGGGCGACAAGGUCAUCGGCUUAUGGAUUCACAAUGACAGGGACGAGACCAGGGAAAUCAGCGGCGCCACGAUACAAGAGAGCUGGAAACUGGCCAGGUCAGGAACGGCCCCUGAAGAGCAGGGCCCGGAAGCUGGUCCGGCUAUGCAAGCUGUUGGGAAGACAUUGUCCCCGAGUGACCUGUUUGGGAAGCAGCAUGGGCCGCAGGCGGUUAAUCAGUAA